ACUUUUCCCAUCAUGCAGUUUCAGAAACAUGGCGGCUGACAGCUUUCAUAACGUCGAUGACACCGCUAACUAGCACAUUCUUUCUGAGCAGUUUUGAAUAACUUAACAUUGGUGUUAAAGAUUCUGCACAAUGCCGAAAUAUUACGAAGAUAAAGAGGAGGACACCAGAGCGUGCGCGGGGAUCAGAGAGGACUUCCGGGCGUGUCUCCUCGAGCACGACUGCGUAGUAAAGGAGGGGAAGAUGCCCAGUGAGUGUCUGAAGGAAGGCCACUGCAAAGCCCUUCAAACAUCCUUCUUUGAGUGCAAAAGGUCAAUGCUGGACACGCGGUCGAGAUUCCGAGGAAGGAAAGGAUACUGAGUAACCGUCUGAUGAGCAAGUGCUAAUACUUCUAAUAAAUCAUCCAUGAGCACUGCGCACGGGUCAGUGCAGCUUCAGGACAUCCUCUGCAGCACAUAUUCCAAGACAUUGGGAAUCAAAGGACAACCAUAUGAACAAUGUACUGUAGAUACAAAGGUGAUCAGCUCAGCAGCAUGUAUUGCUGCAAAACCCAUGGUCAGCUUUCUCUGCGUGUUUGCUAUGAAACACUCAAUGUAAUCAAAUAAUUAAAAUGUGAAGAAAGUUUAUUACAA